GGAAACGCGUGUGGGGAAAGCGCAGAGAGAAAUGUGUCACUGCUAGGCGAAAAGUGUUUCUACGUUAAUGAGUGGAAACAUGGCGCCGAUACAGCAAGAACCAGAGAUCCAGUUCGCGCAAAGAUUGGCUUCUAAUGAGAAGCCCAUGCGAACAAAGGCCAUCAAGAAGCUAAGAAAAUAUAUCAGUGUUAGGUCACAGAAAAUUAAAGGGGGGUUUGAAAGCGACGAGUUACUCAAACUAUGGAAAGGCCUCUUUUAUUGCCUGUGGAUGCAGGACAAGCCACUUCUUCAGGAGGAGCUGUCGAAUCAGAUCUCUGGCCUGAUGCACAACUUCCAGAACAUUCAGAGCCAGUUUUUGUUUCUGGAGACCUUCCUGCAGACCAUCAAAAGAGAAUGGACCGGCAUUGACAGGCUUCGCAUGGAUAAGUUCUUCCAGCUGGUUCGUUUCGUGUUCAAGAACACUUUUGAAAUGAUGAAAAGGAAAGAAUGGGAGACCAGUGUGGUGACCAGGUUUCUGGAGCUCCUGAAUGCCCAGGUCCUCCACAGCUCCAGCGGAUCCCCCUGUGGUUUGCAGUUUCACAUACUGGACAUCUAUAUGACUGAGCUGGCUGCAGUCGGUUCAGCUGAGCUCACGGCGGCUCAGAACCUGACAUUCAUUGACCCUUUCUGCAAAACAGCAUCCAAAACGAAAGAUCGGAUCCUGCUCAGGGCUAUCUGCAGCAGCAUUUUCAGUGCCAUCGUAGACCAGGCUCCUUUCGCCAUCGAAGACCUGUUGAAGGAAGUGAAGGCUACAGGUGGAGGGGCUGAGGAGUCCGACUCAGGGCAGGCUUCUGAAGAAGAGGAGGAGGAUGAGGAGCCCCCCAAGGGCAAAAAAGCUGUAAAGAAAUCUCCCAAGAAAACCACUGGUGGGCAGACCAACGGCACUGUAUCAACUGAGGAAGAUGAUGAAGAUGGUCUGGAGGAUGAAGAGGAUGAUGAAAUGCUUCAUAUGGAGAGUGACUCUGAGUCCGAGAUGCCAGAUGACGCAGGGAUCGGACCUGUUCUCCAGUUUGACUACUCUGCACUGGCGGACAGGCUGUUUGGGCUAGCCAGCCGCAGCAACACCCCCAGCCACAACAGGCAGAGACUGUACAAAGUCAUCAAGACUCUCCGGGAUCUCAGUGAAGGAGUCUUCCCACAGGAUGAGUACCCAGAGGAGGUGUCGACAGAUGAGGAUGAUGAUGAAAUGUUUGGCAGUAGAAAGAGAAUGAAACGGGGACGAGGCUUCGGGGAGGAGGAAGAAGAGAGCUCACCAGCCAAGAAACGGAAAGGCAAGAAAGGGGACUCCAAAGCAGGAAAGUCUGACCAGACUGCCGCAACAGAUGACAGUAAACCAGCAGAGACUCCCGGAGACGCCAACAACAAGAAGAAGAAGAGGAAGAAGAAGACUGGAGAGGUGAAGAGUGACGAGCAGAACGGGGUGGGGUCAGAGGCGGACACGACUCCUGCUUCAGCGCCACAGACGACAGACGCUAAAGAAGCGGAGACGGAGCCCUCUGUCCACGCCAAGGGCACCGACACUGGAGCGGCUGUCCUGGAGAAGGCAGCCAUGGAGACGGGGGUCCAAUCAGGAACUCCACAUGAUGUGGUGGUGGGUAACCUAUCCUCGGUCACGGUCACGGAGGUAGACCAGAAGAAGAGAUCAGAGACGACAGUAUCAGACGCCACGUCUUCCAAGAAGAAAAAUAAGAUCAAGAAGUCCAAAACGCCUGCACCAGAGGAGAAGGAAGAGGUAGCAAAAUCAGAGACUAACACAGAUGUGAUGGGGCCUAGUGUGGACACCACGGAGGCAGGAGGCCAGCCUGCUCCUGUUACCCAGGACGGGGAGGCAGCAGAGGGGUCAACAGAGCCAGAGCCUGCCCCUGAGACUGCUACUACCUCCACGAGCAGGAGGAAGAGAAGGAGGAAAAGCACCAAGCAGGAGUCUGACGAGCAGACAACCAUAGAGGAAGUUGAAAUGACGUCAGAAACAGUAGACGAGACCACGGCCACCCCACCGAAGACGACGACGAGGAGGAGGAGGAAGGCUAAACGGACCACUGAGGUAGCUGUAACAGAUGCAACACUGGUAGAGACAACACCUGCGGAACCUGAAGCCGACUCUACACCAGCCGAGGAGCCUCCAGCUGACCUCCGCAUCGCUGCCACUCCCCUGAAGAAGAAGAAGAAGAAACAAAAGGUGGCUGAGGAGGAGAGCGUUGAAAUGCAGCCAGAAACUGAAGCAGACGUCAUACCUGUAGACGCUGAGGUGGCGCCAGCGUACGUCGCUACACCAACCCCGCUCAAGAAGAAGAAGAAAGCGGCCAAGGCUGAAGAACAGAGCAUGGAGGUCAAGGGUGAAACCCAGCCGAAAGCAGAUGCAAACCUUGCACUGAUAGAAGCUGAGGUAGAGUCGGUGGAGGUCGCCACACCUACCCCACUCAAGAAGAAGAGGUCUGGACGGGUAGCAGAGGAGCAGGAGACGGAGAGCGUUGCAGAGGAGCAGCCCACAGAUGCUGACCUGAACACUCCCGGGAAGAAGAAGAAGAAGAGGAAGAUCCCGUUAGUGAUAGAGGUCGAGGCUGAGGUCAACGGGGUGGCUGGAGGCAAGAAAGGAAAACUGAGCAACGACAGCGAAGAGCCGUCCACACCGGUGAGCGCCAAGAAAACCAAAAAAAUGACGCCCAAGAAGGCUAAGGCAGGGGUGGAGUCUGACUUCAUCACGUUCCAGAACCACGCCUCCAUCCCUACACCCCUUUUCUACAAGACAGCCAAGGGAAGCCCCAGUACACCGCUAUCCAGCAAGAAGAAGAAGAAGUGUCAGACUCCAAAGUCCGAAUCCAAGAAGGUCACCUUCGGACUCAAUAAAAACAAAACUGCAGGAUCCCCAGAGUUCAGGAAGACUGAUCGCAGCCUGCUGGUGAGUCCAGAGGGGUCGUCCCGAGUGCCCUUUGACCCCCAGCAGAAGCCCCUGUUUGGGGUCUUGAAGUCCCCGGAGGCCUCUCUUACCAACAGCACUAAGAAGAAGACCAAGAGCACCCCCAAAACCACCCCCAAACGCCCCACCGCGGCUGAUUUCUUCUAGUCUUCUGUGAGGAGACUGGUGAGACAGAGGACGUUUCCACCCUCAGUUCCACCCCACUGUUUGUUCACCAGGAAAAUAUAAUUAUGAACAGAAUAUCCACAGAAUCUGUCAUUCCCCUGUUGGGAAGAGAGUGAUCUUGAUAAUAAACGUUUUUUUUUUUGGUAAUAUUUCUAAUUUUCCAUGUUCUUUUGAUGUUCUGUGGGUGAGCAAGUGUUCAAAUAAAGACUCAAUCCCUCCUUUUAGUCAA